UAUGUGGAGAUCGAGGAAUCUCGGAUUAGGGCGAGAUUUGUUGACAGUUUGAAUCAAGUGCAAAGCGAGUGGGAAAUAGUUCAAUUAUUGUCGAGAACAACUCGCAGCAGCGGAUACUGUAGCUGUAGCAGAAUAAGCUGUGUUUGAUUUACAUAAUUAUCAAGUGGAGUGUGAAAGAAAUUCCAAAAAGUCCCAUCAAACAAGAAGAACUAGAAUCGAAAUAUAUUCGUAACGGAACCCCGCUUUCCGGGUGAGAGAGGAGCGAAGAGGAUUGUUUCAAGCAGAGGCUCAUUAGCCUUACAUGCAUUAAAUUGCAUAACCCAGCGGCAGCAGCAGCAGCAGUGGCAGUACCAGUACCAGCUGAAGAAGAAUCAGAACGAGUAGAAGAUGAUGCUCCACUUACGUCACUGGCCAUUAAUGCUGGCCAUCGCUUCCUGCAUUGGCCCGGCCUCAACAACAGCCACAUCCACAUCCACAACGACAUCAUCUUUAUCCUCCAUACCAGGCAAAUAUCAGGCCUUGGGUGCAGCAGCUCAACACCAGCCCAAGAAACUGAAAAUAGGAGCUGGUGCUGGAGCUGGAGCGGCAGUCAACGCUUCCUCAUUGGGUGCAGCAGCCGGCGGUGGCGGCCGUAAACCUGUAUUCCGGCAAAAUCCGAUCAAGAAUUGGCUUGGUUCCUUCAAUCGCAAUAAUUCGCCGGCAGCUCAGAACCAAACAUCUCCGACAUGUUCCUGCAGAUGUGGCGAGCGGAACGAUGAGUCCAGGAUAGUGGGAGGCACCACGGCUGGGGUCAGCGAGUACCCCUGGAUGGCUCGGCUGAGCUACUUCAAUAGGUUCUACUGUGGCGGGACACUGAUUAACGACCGCUACGUGCUGACGGCGGCGCACUGCGUCAAGGGGUUCAUGUGGUUCAUGAUCAAGGUGACCUUCGGAGAGCACGACCGCUGCAACGACAAGGAGCGGCCCGAAACGCGCUUCGUACUGCGCGCUUUCAGCCAGAAGUUCAGCUUCUCCAACUUCGACAACGACAUCGCCCUGCUCCGACUGAACGACAGGGUGCCCAUCACCAGCUUCAUUCGCCCCAUCUGCCUGCCACGCGUGGAGCAGCGCAACGAGCUGUUCGUGGGCACCCGUGCUAUCGCAACCGGCUGGGGCACCCUCAAGGAGGACGGGAAGCCCUCGUGCCUGUUGCAGGAGGUCGAGGUCCCGGUGCUGGACAACGAGGAGUGCGUGGCCCAAACCAACUACACCCAGAAGAUGAUCACCAAGAACAUGAUGUGCUCCGGCUAUCCGGGAGUGGGUGGACGCGACAGCUGUCAGGGCGACUCCGGCGGGCCCUUGGUUCGGCUGCGUCCGGACGACAAACGGUUCGAGCAGAUCGGUAUCGUCUCCUGGGGAAAUGGAUGUGCGCGACCCAACUAUCCGGGGGUCUACACUCGAGUGACUAAGUAUCUCGACUGGAUUGUGGAGAACUCGCGGGAUGGCUGCUUCUGCGACGAGGAUUACUGACUGUUAGUCACGGCAGUGAACGAUUCAUCGCCCUAGUUUUAGUUUAUCUCUUAGU